AUGGCGGCCGCCCCGGCCUUGCGGUUGACCACACGGCCCUCGAGCCACGUUGUGUGGCCAAGACUUGGGAAUCUGGAUCCGAAUGUCAUGUCCGACGUUCUGCAGGAGGCCAAGGUGGAGAUCAUUCCGCGAGAGCUGUGCACGACCUGGGAGUGGUGGUUCACGCGCAUCCACCCGGAGAACAUGUGCGCCGGGAAGAUCGAAGGAGGGGUCUCCCCUUGCAAGGUGGGUUCUGGGGGAUAUUUGCUUGAUGUGUUCCUACCUGCUUUGCUACCCAGGUACCCGCAGUGCCUGCACAUGCUGGAGCUGCUGCAGUACGAACACUUCCGCAAGGAGCUGGUCAAUGCACAGUGCGCCAAGUUCAUUGACGAGCAGCAGAUCCUGCACUGGCAGCACUACUCCCGCAAGCGGGUGCGCCUCCAGCAGGCCUUGGCCGAGCAGCCCCUGCCCCAGCAGCAACACCAGCAGCAGCAGCAGAACCCUCAGCAGCAGCACCAGCCGGCCCCGCAGCCCCAGCCCCAGCAGAACAGCAGCUCCCUCAAGUGAGAAGGAGAAGAUGGCGGAUGGACUAGAUUCCGCUGUCUGCCACAAUUUUUGGAAUAGUAGAGUCUCUUAUAUGACAAUAUUUAAGCUGAUGUCACUCCAAAAGUUGUAAAUGAAUGACAAGCAGCGAAAACAUCCUGAUUUCAUUAGUUCUUGGACAGAUGUUGACUUUGGGUUGCUGUGAGUGUUCUGGGCUGUCUGGCCAUGUUCCAGAAGCAUUCUCUCCUGACGUUUCACCUACAUCUAUGGCAGGCAUCCUCACAAGUUGUGAGGUCUGUUUAGGCAAGUGGGGUUUAUAUAUCUGUGGAUGACUGUCCAGGGUGAGAGAAAGAACUCUGUUGAAGGCAAAUGGGAAAGUUGACAUUGGCCAACUUGAUUAAUAAUAAUACUAAUAAUCUUUAUUUAUACCCCGCCACCAUUUCCCCGAUGGGGACUCGGAGCAGCUUACGUGAGGCCAAGCCCAAACUGCAAAUUACAAUAAAGAGAAACCGAAAAUGCAAACAAUAAACAACAACAGCAUAAUUAUUAGCAUUUAAUUAUUUAAUUAUUAUUCAAUUAUUAUUAUUAUUUAAUAAAUAUUACUAUUUAAUUAUUAGCAUCAUAAUUAUUAGCAUUUAAUGGCCUUGUAGCUUCAAAGCCUGGCUGUUUCCUGCUUGCGAGAAUUCUUUACUGGGAGGUGUUAGCUGGCCCUGAUUGUUUCCUGUCUGCAAUCCCCUGUUUUUUUAGUGUUGUUCUUUAUUUACUGUCCUGAUUUUAGAGUUAUUUUUAAAUACUUGUAGCCAGAGUGUGUUCCUUUUCAUGGUUUCCUCCUUUCUGUUGAAAUUGUCCAUGUGCUUCUUGUGGAUUUCAGUGCUUCUCUGUGUUGUCUAACAUGGUGGAUGUGAGACUGGUCCAGCAUUUCUGUGUUCUCCAAUCAUAAGUUGUGCCCAGGUUGGUUUAUCGGGUGCUCUGCUAUGUCUCACUUUUCAGGUUGAAUUAGUCUGCAGUGCCUUUCAUCUUCCCUGUGUUUGGGUACAGCAGCCAGCCAGGAUUUGAAGCUGCAAGGGCAUUAAAUGCCAAUCAAGGUGGCCAAUUGCAAUAUUCACACUUGCCUGAAGCAGACAAAAAUUCUUUCUCCAAUCCUGGGCAUUCCACAGAUAUAUAAACCCAAUUUUCCUAGUUUCCAACAGACCUCACAACUUCAGAGGAUACCUGCCAUAGAUGCAGGUGAAACGCUAGGAGAGAAUGCUUCUGGACCAUGGCCAGACAGCCUGGAAAACUCACAGCAGCCUAGCGAUCCCAACCAUGAAAGCCUUCGACAACACAGAUGUUGUCUUUCCUUCCUUAAGUGGUAAUUGGUUUUCCUUCUUAAGGAGCCUUUGGCAAUGUAAACAUGUUGUUUCCCACCACGGAGCGAAUAAUUUGUCUUUGGUCAUCAACAGUUCAGCCACGUUUAAUGACAGUUCAUGGUUUCUUCUUCUUAGAGCAGAUAAUCUGGAUUUGUAUAUGUGUGCGUAGAUAUAUAUAUAUAUAUAUCCCAGCCCCAAAGGAAGAUGAAACAAACCACCUCUGCACUGUUGUCUUGCUGUCGUUUUGAUAUUUUCCUGAACUGCAGAUACUUAACAGGUCACUUUUUCCCAACCAUAAGUGCUCAUAGUCUGUGGGAUGAUUAAGAGUGGCAAUCACCCAAAUUCUUGUUUUUUAAUACUCAGUGUAAGUUCUUUUACUGUUGUUUUUUUUUUAAACCUGCCUUCACGUUAUAGAAUAAUAAAUAAUAAAACUUUAUUUACACCCCG